AUGUCUGUGUCCCUGUCCAUGUCCCCCUUGUUGUUCCCAGUGUCCCCCCGUGCCCCCCGCGUCCCCGGGGGUCCUUUGGGUGCUUCCACCCCCACCCGGGGCGGCGGUGAGGGAGCGCGGAGGAGAGGGAGACAAGAUGGCUUCCUCCUGAGGGCCGGCGCCGUGCGGGGCCGGCGGGGGCUGCGGGGGCAGCGCGGGGGCAGCGGCGAGACAGGUUCGACGGGCAACACAGUUGAUGGACCUAGCAGAAGCCAAAUGGAAGAAGGGCCAAUUAAUUAUGUGGAAGAAAGGCGGCUGAACGAGGGCAGCAGGCUGAGCCUGGUGAAUGGGGGCCGGCCGGAGGCGGGGGGUACUGCACUGAUGGAGCCCAGCGGGUGGUCACCGGGCCAGCCGCCCACCACUGGCAAAGCCCACUUGGAAGACGUCCGGAACCUGGUGGCCUUUUCAGCAGUGGCUGAAGCCGUUUCCUCCUACCGGCUCCCACCGCCGGCAUCGCCGUCGCUGCUGUACGAGAAGUUUGACUCAGAGAUGAGCCGGGGUGGGCUGGGCACAGCAGACCGGGUGCCACGGGGAGAGGACCUGCACGCCCUCAAGGCCGCCCUGGCUUUGGCCAAGCAUGGUGUGAAGCCCCCCAACUGCAACUGCGACGGCCCCGAGUGCCCUGACUACCUGGAAUGGCUGGAGCAGAAGAUCAAGACAGCUCUCGGAGAAGAGCUGGCAUCACCGCGGCCCCACGCCGCUGCCAUCCCCCCGCCUCCUCCCCCAGAAGGUGCUAUCGACCCCCAGCUGGUGCCUGAGGCUGCCGAACCAUGCCCGCCCGACGGCCUCCCCUUUUCCCAGAGCGCAUUGACCAUCGCCAAGGAGAAGAACAUCAGCCUGCAGACCGCCAUAGCCAUCGAAGCCCUCACACAGCUCUCGGCCGCUCUGCCCCAGCCUGCGGGCGAUGGGCAGCCCCCGCCGCCGCCGCCAACCCCCACCGUCCCCUUUGGCCCCGGCCCCCUCGGCCCGCCGGGGGCCGCGUGGCACCAAGGGGAUGAGCCCCGGUACCCUCCGGAGCCGGGAGCAGCACCUGAGCCAUUUUUUGGCGCGGCGCCUCCGCGAGGGAACUUCGCAGCUGCUUGGGGGCUGGAGGCCGAGGGGGCAGCAGGGGCUGGAGACCCCAUGGCAGAGCUGGAGCAGCUGCUGGGUAAUGCUGACGACUACAUCAAGGCAGCUUUCAAGAGACCCGAAGCAAUGGCCGGCAAAGUGGCAGCCCCCAAAACAGAACCCCCUGAGCGAGCACCCAGCAAAGAAGCACCGGGUGGCCCCCGCUUGCCGCCAGCACCGCCGGAGCCCGACCUGCACAAGAAGACACAGCUGGUCCUGCAGCAGCAUCUCCACCACAAGCGCAGCCUCUUCCUCGAGCAAAGCCUGGCAGCGGCAGCAACACCCCCGGACCGGCCGAGCGGCUGGUGGGCUCCCAGCACCCCGGCCACAGCCCCCAAGCCCUUUGAAAAGCAGCCCAAAGAGAAGAAGAAGAAAACGCCGCCUGAAAAGCCCCCACCGGCCAAACCUCUCCGCAAGCAAGUGCAGAUCAAGAAGGCAAAGCAGAAGGACUCGCAGCCGCUCUUCCCUCCCCUCUGGCAGAUCAGCCUGGAGGGGUUUCGGGCGCCCGCCGAACCCCCCGCCGAACCCCCCGCCGAAGAGAUGCAAACGGAACUGCCGCCGCCAGCCUUCCCGCACCAGCCUCUUGCACUACCCCUGCCCGCCGCAUGCCCCCCGCCACCAAACCCCCUGGACGGCGUCCCUCCGGCUUCCGAUUCUCAGGAAAGGGGUGCCCCGGGCGGGGGCCCCCACAUUCACUCGGCGCCGGCAGGCUCGACUGGCUCGGAUGAAGCACCGGCUGCCCCCCCGCCGACCACCUCAGCUCCCAUCAUGGUGGAUGACAAGUUGGAAGAGCUCAUCCGACAAUUUGAAGCUGAGUUUGGGGAGAAUUUCAAUUUGCCGCCUCCCGAGACGCCUGCCCCACUUGCCCCUGGGGCUGCCGAGCUGCCGGGCGGGCCACCACCAGCCCCACAAGGGUCCCCCCCCACCACCACCACCGCUGCCCUGGCUCUGAGCAGUGCUCCCCAAGCUGGACCCAAAAGUGUCUCUCCAGGGAAGGGGGUGCUGUCAGAGCCACCCUUCACUGCCCGCUCCCCCAAACAGAUCAAAAUUGAGUCUUCUGGUGCUAUCACCGUGGUAUCUACCACGUGUUUUUACUCUGAGGAAAGCCAAAACCCGGACACGGACAACGUGGACAGAACACCCACCAAGGAUGAGGUGCCGCUGACACCGACCCUGAGCGGCUUUUUGGAGUCUCCACUGAAAUACCUGGACACACCGACCAAAAGCCUCCUGGACACCCCGGCCAAGAGGGCACAGGCAGAAUUCCCUACCUGUGACUGUGUUGAGCAAAUCGUGGAGAAGGAUGAGGGGCCGUAUUACACCCACCUGGGCUCGGGGCCCACCGUGGCCUCCAUCCGGGAGCUCAUGGAGGAGCGGUACGGCGAGAAGGGCAAGGCCAUCCGCAUUGAGAAGGUCAUCUACACGGGCAAGGAGGGCAAGAGCUCCCGGGGCUGCCCCAUCGCCAAGUGGGUGAUCCGCAGACACAACCAAGAGGAGAAAUUGCUGUGCCUGGUGCGGCACCGUGCCGGCCACCACUGCCAGAACGCUGUCAUCAUCAUCCUCAUCCUAGCCUGGGAGGGCAUCCCCCGCACGCUGGGGGACACGCUGUACCAGGAGCUCACUGACACCCUCACCAAGUACGGCAACCCCACCAGCCGCCGCUGCGGCCUCAACGACGACCGGACCUGCGCAUGCCAAGGCAAGGACCCCAACACCUGUGGUGCUUCCUUCUCCUUCGGCUGCUCCUGGAGCAUGUAUUUCAACGGCUGCAAAUACGCCCGCAGCAAAACCCCCCGCAAGUUCAGGCUGGUGGGAGACAAUCCCAAAGAGGAAGAGCUGCUCCGGAGAAGCUUUCAGGACUUGGCCACUGAGGUUGCUCCACUUUACAAGAGGCUGGCACCACAAGCCUACCAAAACCAGGUCACCAACGAGGAUGUAGCCAUCGACUGCCGGUUGGGCUUGAAGGAGGGCAGGCCGUUCUCGGGGGUGACGGCAUGCAUGGACUUCUGUGCUCACGCUCACAAGGACCAGCAUAACCUCUACAACGGCUGCACUGUGGUCUGCACGCUGACAAAGGAAGACAAUCGUGUGGUGGGGAAAAUUCCUGAAGAUGAGCAGCUGCACGUCCUCCCCCUCUACAAGAUGUCCAGCACAGAUGAGUUUGGCAGCGAGGAGAACCAGAACGCCAAGGUGGGCAGUGGGGCCAUCCAGGUGCUCACGUCCUUCCCCCGCGAGGUCCGCAAGCUGCCUGAGCCCGCCAAGUCCUGCCGGCAGCGGCAGCUGGAAGCCAGGAGAGCUGCUGCUGAGAAGAAGAAGCUGCAGAAAGAGAAGCUGAUGACGCCGGAGAAGAUCAAGCAGGAAGCGCUCGAGCUCCCCACGCUCCAACCAAAUGCAGGUAUGGCACUGAAAGGCGGGAUACCCCCGCAGCCGCUGAAACCUUCCAUCAAGGUGGAACCCCAGAGCCAUUACAACGCCUUCAAGUACAACGGCAAUGCGGUGGUGGAGAGCUACUCGGUGCUGGGCAGCUGCCGGCCCUCUGACCCAUACAGCAUGAACAGUGUUUACUCUUACCAUUCCUACUAUGCACAGCCCAAUCUGCCUUCCGUGAACGGGUUUCACUCCAAGUUCGCGCUUCCCUCCUUCGGGUAUUAUGGCUUUUCCAGCAACCAUGUGUUCCCCUCGCAGUUUCUCAAUUACGGGGUGCCUGAGAGGAGCGGGAACAGCUGGGUGAGCAACGGCUACGAGAAAAAGCCCGACGUCUCAGCGCUGCAGGAGAACCUCAACCACCCCUACGGGAACACCAAUUUCCCCGAGCCCAUCCCGCACAGCGUGCGGAGCAAAAACCAUCACCAGCGCACCUACGAGCGAGCCAACCGCUAUGCCAGCCAGCAGAAAGCAGCGGCAGCAGCAGCCGGGGCACACAGGACUAGCUCGGGCUCGGAGGAGGCAUCGUCGUUCGCACAGAACUGUUUCGGCAGCCGGCCCAUCAAGCAGGAACCUCCAGACCCCCCGCCUGCCAUCGAGCCCCUUCCCAGUGCUGCAGCCAUGCCUGGCACUGGCUUAACGCUGCCGGCUGUCCCUGUGCAUGGCACGGCACCAGAGCAGCAGUGGAGCCCCUUCAAGGCGCCGCGGGGCACAGCUUCCCCCGAGAGGACUAGCAUGGCCGAGGAGUCAUGGAGCGCCCUGGCCCCAGGCUCAGGCGGGCAGGAGAAGCUGAGCGCCUUCGAUGCCGCUAUGCGCUUGCCACCGCCGGAGAAGCAGUGGUCCAACAUCCUGGCAGGAGAGCCGGUGGCAGCGGCGCACAGUUCGGGCUUGCUGCCGAAACCUUGGAGCCCGUGCAAGCUGGGGGAGACAGCGCUGGCUGGUACGGGCACCCCGAGCCUGCUGGGGUCACUGGGGUUCAGCUCAGCUCUGCCAGGGCUCCCCAGCUUCCCCGAGGAGCCGUGGAGCUCCGUGAAGGUGGAGGAGCGGAGGACACCGGCACCCAGCCCGGGGCUGCCGGAGAAGCAGUGGGAGGCAGCGGUGGGUGAGAAGGGGGCAGCAGGGCCCCGCCAGGAAAAGCCGUGGGACCCCUUUGGCCUGGAGGAAGAUCUGCCGGAGAAGGCGGUGAAGGAGGAAGAGGAAGAGGAGGAGGAAGAGGAGGAGGAAGAGGAAGAGGAGUGGUCGGACAGUGAGCACAACUUCCUGGAUGAGAACAUCGGCGGCGUGGCUGUGGCACCUGCCCACGGCUCCAUCCUCAUCGAGUGCGCCCGCCGCGAGCUCCACGCCACCACCCCACUGAAGAAACCCAACCGCUGCCACCCCACCCGCAUCUCCCUCGUCUUCUACCAACACAAGAACUUGAACCAGCCCAACCACGGCCUGGCGCUGUGGGAGGCCAAGAUGAAGCAGCUAGCGGAGCGGGCUCGGGCCCGGCAGGAGGAGGCGGCGCGUCUGGGGUUGCCACCGGAUGCCAAAGCCUUUGCCAAGAAGCGCAAAUGGGGUGGUGCGUUGGCGACCGAGGCACCCAUCAAGGAGAGGAGGGACUCGGUCCCCACACGGCAGGCGGUGGCCAUCCCCACCAACUCCGCCAUCACUGUGUCCUCCUAUGCCUACACCAAGGUGACGGGCCCCUACAGCCGCUGGAUCUGAGACGGAGGUGACCGCCCUGGCCCCAUCUUACCUCAACCCUCGGCAGCGCCGGAGUCCGGCAUUGCUUUGUGGUGCUUUCUCCUCAAGCGUGGGGGAGAAGAAAACAAAAGUAAAUACACAAAACCGAAACGAAACACAACAACCACACACACAAAAAAAACCAACCCAACCCAUAGGAAACAAACCCAACGCACGUGCUCGGGAACAGCGCAGCCGGUGCGGGCUCACGCCGUUGGAGAGCUGUGCCCGGCGAGGAGUUGGCAAACCAAGCAAAACUUGGUUAAAAAACCCAAGAGGAAUGAUGCUGUUUGAUGAGUUUAGGUAAUCUCAUAUUUAUAUCUCCAUGUUUUUUAAUCUAGCCUUGGAUGAAUUUGCUAGUGUCCUUUCGCAAGGAGAGGUUUUUAAUUCCACUUAAAAUGGCCUGUUUGUUGGAUUUGAAUUGAUUUUGUUUUUUACUCCAAUGAUAACAACAAAGCCGGUCAUCAAAAGAGAAGCCAACAUUGAAAAACCAUCCUAAUCAUGAAUCCAAAGCAACCUGAACACCGAAUCAGCUUAAAGGCAAGAGGUGACUCCCUCCAGCUCUGCCAUGUAGGGGCUGGUGGGACCAUGUGCUUUACCAUCAGCCAGACACGCUGAACAUCCGAUUGUUUUUAUUCCAAGGACCUAAAACCACCAAUUUUGCAGCUCGAGGAGUCCUUUCUCACAGCAACGGGAGCCAGCGGGCUGUCCCGGGAUGGCGAGUCUCCGCUUGGCUCCUCACCUCUGGCGGGAUUGGUUCUGCCAUCACAGAGCAAGCCAGUGUCUCUCCUGGCACUGGAGACCUCAGGACAUGUCCGGGCUGGGGAAUGCUGCUGCCAGGGGCUGCACUUGGGCUCAGACUUGGGGCUCCUUUGCCCACGGCCCCAGGGCAAGUGGUAGCAGCGGCGUCUCCAUAGGAGCCAACAGGACAAAAACAGAAGAAGAAAAAAAAUUUUAAAAUACAAAAAACAGGAAAAAAUCACAAACCAACCCCAAACUGUGAAUAGCAAGUGUUGCUCUCUGUACAUCACUGUUGCUAAAGUCUGGUGCUUUCCGUCUUCGGGGGACUUUCUCCGUGCAAUUGGCUCUGGGAAGAGUGAAUCCCAAGACUUGGCUGGCCAAACCCCCGCUGGGUCCGCCUUCCCCACCGGUGCCGGUGAGCUGUGGCCAGCACCGCUGGGGCUCGGUGCUCUUUUUCUCCCUGGGUGCCAUCCCUCCUUGCUACGGAUCACUGCUCUUCCCGCAAAAAAAAAAAUAAACAACAAACAAAAACAAAAUGAAACCCCAACCCAACCAAUAACCCAGCAACGAUGACAACUGCGUGGUGCUUUUCGAACACUCUCAGCUGAGACUUCCCGCCCGGCACCGGAGAUGUGCUGUGACGGACAGAGUGCGGCCGAGCUGCCCCGUGGCUCACCAGGAGCGUGGCGUGGCCGGAGCUGGGGGCCGGCAUCCCUGUGGUGGGGAGGGUUCGUUGCUUUUGCACUUUGAGGUGCCUUUUGGAGAGCCAGCGAGGCAGCGCCGACGCCGUCACCGUGCGGGAUCACCUCGUGUUUACUGUCACCCUCCCUCCCUCGCGCACGGGCACGGAUCAGCAGGAUCUCGGUAAAACAGCCUGAACAUUUACGUGGUCUGAUUUUAAACCUGUAAAUAGGGAAAGAAUUUUUUUUAAAAGCACUUUCACCUAGAUUUAAAAAAAAAAAGCGAAACUUAAAAAGCAAACAACUCCCCUCUUUCCUCUCCCCCCACUCCCCCCAACUUGAAGCAGUAUGUUUUAAACAAGAUUAUCGUGGGAGAACUGUAAAUACUGGCAGAAUAUUUAACAUGCUUUGUCCGUCCUUCAUCAUUAAUGAUUUUUUUUGUUUUUGGUUCUGUUUUUUAACCGUAAUCUGUAAAGUCACGUAUAUUUGACAAGGAAACUCAAUGAGCUAUUCCCGCUUUUCUUAAAAAUACCCAAUAGCAUAUCAGGAUCGUAAGAGUCGACAGCAAGUCAGAUUUUAGGGAUGCCCACGGGCGAUGCCGGGACCCGCCGUGUUGCUGUGGUUUGGGACGCGGAGGGGGGACCCGGCAGAUCCGGGGCCGGAUUCGGGUGCCGGCCCCAUUGGUUUCACCCAGUCUCUGGCUGGCGUGACGGGGGUGCCUUGGAGGAGGAGAAGGAGUGCUCAGAGAAGGUGAUGGUCCAUGUAACCUGUCUAAGUCCUGCUUGCUCAGAGGUUUUUCAGUGCAGGGAGGGGUCAGUCCGGCGCGGCGUUGGCUCUGGCGGGUUCAGCCCGGGAGAGCGGGGAGCUGCCGGUGCCGCGGGUCGGGGAGCGAGAACUGCUGCAGUCUCACGUUUUUACACUACAUAAACGUCUAACCUACCUCAACUCUCAGUCAUUACAAAUUCGCACGCUUCAGACUUCUACACAAACUCGAAAUCUAUGCACAGCUCUUUACCCCUUGCUGCUGAGAGGCUGUUUCCAAGCAAAAUCUUUUCCCUUUACCCGUCCCGGCAGCUGCGCUCAUCCCGCCCCCUGUCAAAGCCACGGGGGUCACGGAGCUCGGGGGGAGGGAUGUUUUAAUGAGUGGGAUGUGGGGACCUGAUUUUGCAGCAGGUCGUGGCCACAAUGGUGCUAGAACAACACCCACAAUAGAAACCCCAGGGAGGGCUCAGCAUGGGGAGCCCCGACCGGCUUCUUCGUCCCGCUUUGCUUUUUCUGGCCGCGAUGCUUCGCCUCGGGCAGGAGACGGGGGAUGCAAUUUGGGUCCCCCCCAUCUUGAUGCUCUCGGGAUGAGGCAUGGGAAGGAGAAGGAAACCAGAAUCCCUGAGGUGCCUCAAUUGCUGAUUUUUCCUUUUAAUACUGGAGUAUGCUUUGUGGGCUCUAUAAGGCAUAUUUUUAUUAAAUGAAAUCUUGUAAUACAAACGGUGCUAUGGUGUUUUAACAAACUGUAUCACGCUUCUGCCUGAUUCCAUCUCGCUGAGGUGCUACUAAUGUAUAUAUCAAAUUAAGGAACCAAUAUUUAAAAAAAAAACAAAAAACCAGAAAACAAAAAACAAAUUAAGCAAUGUCGUUGAGAAGGAAGUUUACUAUUCUGGAGCGACAGCUCGAGGCGUGCCGAGAGCCGGUUGGGUUUAUGCAAACUGAAAGAGGUGCCACGUCCAAGGUGUGCCGCCGGCCAAUGUUGUGGUGGAGCCAUUCCCUGCGGGUUCCCUGCGUGGUCCCGGGAUGAGGUGCUCAGAGGUGAUGUCCAGGGGGCUCAGCCAGGUGUGGUCAUGGUGCUCGGCCAGGCGUGUGGUCAUGGGGCUCGGCCGCAGUGCUUGGAUAGGUGUGUAGUCUCAGUGUUUGGCCAGGGUGCUUGGCCAGGUGUGUGGUCAUGGCGCUUGGACAGGGUGUUCGGACAGAUGAGUGGUCAUGGGGCUCGGCCACAGUGCUUGGACAGGUGUGUAGUCUCAGUGUUUGGCCGGGGUGCUCAGCCAGGUGUGUGGUCAUGGGGCUCGGCCAAAGUGCUUGGCCCAGGUGCUUGGCCAGGUGUGUGGUCAUGGCGCUUGGACAGGGUGCUCAGCCAGGUGUGUGGUCAUGGUGCUCGGCCACAGUGCUCAGACGGGGUGCUUGGCCAGGUGUGUGGACAUAAGUGCUCAGACAUGGUGCUGGGCCACACAUGGCGGGUGUGGUGCUUGGAUGUGGCACUGGGACACAGUGCUAGGUCACACGUCGUUGACGCAGUGCUCUGACUCGGUGCUCAGUUGUGGUGCUCGGCCACAGCUCAUGGACGCGAUGCUUGGAUGUGGUGCUCAGGAACAGUGCUCGGCCACACCUUGUGGACACAGUACCUGGCCGUGGUGCUUGGCCGUGCUGCUCAGUGUGGUGCUUGGAUGUGAUGUGUGGAUGUGGUGCUUGGUCCCAGUGCUUGGCCACAUGUAAUGGACGUGGUGCUUGAUCCUGGUGCUCAGACGUGGUGCUCAGACAUUGGUGCAUGGACAUGGUGCUUGGACAUUGGUGCUUGGACAUGGUGCUUGGACGUGGUGCUCAGACAUUGGUGCAUGGACAUUGGUGCUUGGACAUUGGUGCUUGGACAUGGUGCUUGGACGUGGUGCUCAGACAUUGGUGCUUGGACAUGGUGCUCGGACGUGGUGCUCAGACACUGGUGCAUGGACGUGGUGCUCAGACAUGGUGCUCAGACACUGCUGCAUGGACAUGGUGCUCGGAUGUGGUGCUUGGGCACGGUGCUCAGAUGUGAUGCGUGGACACGGUGCUGCUGUGUUUGGUGCUCGGACAUGGUGAGUGGAUGUGGUGCUUGACCACAGUGCGUGGACACGGUGCAUGGACAUGGUGCUCGGGCAUGGUGCUCAGCCAUGCACCGUGGACGUGGUGCUCAGCCGUGGUACAUGAACAUGGUGUGUGGACAGUGUGUCUGGACAGUGCUUGGCUGCAGUGCUCAGACAUGGUGCUUGGACAUGGUGCUUGACUACAGUGUGUGGACACAGUGCAUGGACAUGGUGCUCGGGCAUGGUGCGCAGCCACGCACCAUGGACGUGGUGCUCAGACAUGAUGCAUGGACAUGGUGAGUGGACAUGGUGCAUGGACAUGGUGCCUGGACAUGCUGAGUGGACAUGGUGUGUGAACUUGGUGGGUGGACAUGGUGAGUGGACAAGUUGAGUGGACAUAGUGAGUGGACAUGUUGAGUGGACAUGGUGAGUGAACAUUGUGUUCGGGCUUUGUGCUCAGCCAUGCACUGUGGAUAUGGUGCUCAGACAUGGUAGGUGGACACGGUGCUCAGACGUGGCACACAAACAUGGGUGCUCUGCUUGGUGCUUGGACCUCGUACAUGGACUUGGUGCUUGGCCAUGGUUCCUGGGCACGGUGCUCAGGCAUGGAGCUUGGACAUGGUCUGUGGGUGUGGUGCUCGGCCAUGAUGUGACUUACCACAUGUUGUGGACACGGUGCUUGAGCGUGGUGCUUGAUGGUGGUGCUCAGGCAUGGUGCGAGGAUACCGUGCUUGGCCACACGCCCUGGACAUGGUGCUCGGCCAUGGUGUGUGGACAUGGUGCUGAGCCAGGGUGUGUGGACACGGUGUUCGGCUGUGGGGCUUGGUGGACACAGUGGUUGCCCACAGCAUGGACACGGUGGUUGGGCACAGAGCAUGGGCAUGGUGGUUGCCCACCCUGCAUGGGCACGGCGCGCAGCUCGGUACUGCUCGGGCACCCCCAAGACCCCGCACAGAUCCCCAGCACUGCCCGGCCGGGCCCGGUUCUGGCGCUGUUCCCCUGCAGCACCAGCCCUGCACCAGCUCCAUGUCCACCCCCAUGUCCAACACCACGUCCAUCGCCGUGUCCAUCCCGUGUCCAUCUCUGUGUCCAUCCCGUGUCCAUCUCUGUGUCCAUCUCCGUGUCCAUCUCUGUGUCCAGCCGUGUCCAGCCCCGCCCUGCCCAGGCUUAGCCCCUCGUUCCCGCAGCUCCUCGCUCUCAUCCCCUCCCCGCCUCGCCCAUCCCGCUUCUACUCGGCUCUUUCUUUAACCCUUUCUCCCCCAUUUGUUUUUUUAGCUUUUUUUGGGGUUUAUUGGUGCUACUCCUCCCCCUCCCCCCCUCCCCCCCCAGUCAAAUACCUCAGCCCCCCCCAGUCCCCGCCAGCGAGUCCGGGGUGAAGCUUUUCCGAAAUCAGGGAUCCUUUCGCAGCGGUGUUUCCUCCUUCAUUUCCCCCUCUUCGUUUUCGCCCUCCUCUUUUUCCCUUCCCCCCCGGGUUUUUCCUCAUUUCUCCGCAUCCUUCAGGGAUUUACAAAACCGCCGGAAUUUCAGCCUCAUUUUGAUUCCGGGAGCGAGGAGAAUUUUAUGGCCGGUGGGAUUUUUUAAAAAUUCUGUUUUGUUUUGUUUUUGCACAGCGGCGCUAAGGAAAAAGAGGUGGUAAUUCCAAAUUUAAAAAUCAAGCGCCGUUUCUUCUCGGAUUCGGGAAUUCGGUCGGAGGCGGGGCGGGUGUUCCGGCGUUUUUGUUGGGCGUUUUGUUUUUCGUUUUUUGUUUUUGGUUUUUUUUUUUUUUGGGAUAAUCGAGAUGGGGAGGUGGGACGGCGACGGGUGGAGGGGGGAGACACCGCAGGGGUGUCCCGGCGGCUCCGAAAAAUUCACACUUGAAGAUUUCUUGGUCGGCUCGGGACUGUGGUUACUUGAAAUGAAGUUUUUUUCCGGGGCGGAUUGAGGACCGGUAGAUUUUUUUCCCAUGUCUCAAGGCAAUAGGAUUAAUGUGUAUUAAACUGUAGAUAAUUCUAGGACAGUAAAUUUAUGCUGAUAAUUUUAUUUUGUACAAUUUUCCCUUCUUCUUUCCCCCCUCUUUGUGUUGUUUUUCCCCUCCUUAACCUUCUUUUCUUUUCCCCUUUCACCCAGUGUUUCGGUAAAUUUAUUUUUUAGGAUGCCUAAAAAUUGCAAAUUUGGAUCCUCCCCCUCCCCUCUGGUUUUGGUUUUGUUUCUUUUUGUUCUGUUGUUGUUUUUUUUGUUUUUUUUUUUUAAUUUGUAUUUUAUUCUGAGUUGGCACGGCCACGGGGCCGUGGGCUGUAUUAUUCCUGAUAUCUUUAAAAUAUUGUGGGUGUUUUAAUAAAUUUUAUAUUUAUUUUUUGCACUCAA